GCUCAUAGUCCAAAAAAUCAUCUCAUCCUCACCUUCUUCCUCCAUCUUCAUCCUCUUCCAUAAUCAUCAAAAUGGCCUCCCGCACCGCCAGCAGAGCUCUGCGCGCUUCCGCCAAGCAAUUGGCCGCGCCCACCGUCCAGCGCCGCACCUUCGUUUCUGCCCUCAAUGCUGCGAGCAAGGGCGUCGUUGCCGCUGCGCCCAGGGCUGCCGUUGCCAUGCCCAAGGUCCAGACCCGUGGCAUGAAGACCAUUGACUUCGCUGGCCACAAGGAGGACGUCUUCGAGCGCGAGGACUGGCCCCGCGAGAAGCUCCACGACUACUUCAAGAACGACACCCUCGCCCUCAUCGGUUACGGUUCCCAGGGCCACGGCCAGGGCCUCAACCUCCGUGACAACGGCCUCAACGUCAUUAUCGGUGUCCGGAAGAACGGUGCUUCGUGGAAAGAGGCCCAGCAGGAUGGCUGGGUCCCCGGCAAGAACCUCUUCGACGUCGAUGAGGCCAUCUCCAGGGGUACCAUUGUCAUGAACCUGCUCUCCGACGCCGCUCAGUCCGAGACCUGGCCCCACAUCAAGCCCCAGCUCACCAAGGGCAAGACCCUCUACUUCUCCCACGGUUUCUCCCCCGUUUUCAAGGACCUGACCAAGGUCGAUGUCCCCUCGGACAUUGAUGUCAUCCUUGUUGCCCCCAAGGGCUCUGGCCGUACCGUCCGCUCCCUCUUCAAGGAGGGCCGUGGUAUCAACUCUUCCGUUGCCGUCUUCCAGGACGUCACCGGCAAGGCUGAGGAGAAGGCCGUUGCCCUCGGUGUCGCCGUCGGCUCUGGCUACCUCUACAAGACCACCUUCGAGAAGGAGGUCUACUCUGACCUGUACGGUGAGCGUGGCUGCCUGAUGGGUGGUAUCCACGGUAUGUUCCUCGCUCAGUACGAGGUCCUCCGUGAGCGCGGCCACACCCCCAGCGAGGCCUUCAACGAGACCGUUGAGGAGGCCACACAGUCCCUCUACCCCCUCAUUGGUUCCCACGGUAUGGACUACAUGUACGCUGCCUGCUCCACCACCGCGCGCCGUGGUGCCAUCGACUGGAGCAAGCGCUUCAAGGAUACCCUUAAGCCCGUCUUCCAGGACCUGUACGAGUCCGUCGCCAACGGCUCUGAGACCAAGCGCUCCCUCGAGUACAACUCCCGCCCCGACUACCGUGAGCUGUACGAGAAGGAGAUGCAGGAGAUCCGUGACCUCGAGAUCUGGAGGGCCGGCAAGGCUGUCCGUGGUCUCCGCCCCGAGAACCAGUAAGCAACACGCUUGCAUACCGUUUAUGAUGGUUGAAGAGGCCAGCCAGGCGCUGGCAGGGGAGGUGACGAUCUAUUGAAAGUGGAAGACGAUGGACAUGUAUGACACAAAGUGAUCCGGGGGCCAAGUUUUUCAUAGUGGGCGUGGCUAUGGCUGGCAGUUUUUGUAUUAUUUGCCCGGGUUUGCUGCGGACACAAAAAGUUGAAAAUGGCAUUGCAUUGAAACGCGCUC